AAAGAAAAGUAAAUGCUGUCUUCUUUGACCGCAAGACCCAAAGGCUAAAAACUCUUCUUUUUCUCUCUGUGGCUUAGCAAAUCCCAAAGGAGCUCUGUACUCUCGAUCCGAUCACCGGAACCGUAAUUUUCGUGACCGUCCGCGGCGUAUUCAUUGGUUAGGCAUCUAUUUGUAUUUGUUUUUAGGGGUUAGAGAUAUGAAUUGGGUCCAACGCAAGAUCUAUCUCUACAAUGUCACAUUUGGACUCUACAUGUUGGAUUGGUGGGAGCGUUACCUUUUCAACACACUGGUUAUUGUGUUGAUGUGGUUCAUCUUUUACAACAGCUCGCGAUAUGUAACGGAGUUUUACAAGAGGCAUCUAUCCUAGGGUUGGGAGGUGGCAAUGGUGAUGGAAGUGUGAAAUACUUUUGAAUUAUUUGGCUGAAAAUCUUGCUUAUAUGUGGAUUUUUCAUACAACAUUUUUAGCAUGUCUCACAUAUAUUGUUGGACUGUUUUCAAAGCUAUUCCUCGCAAAAAAUUUAAAACAUUGGCGCUGUUGUAACUAUUGUUGAAACUGUUCUACAAUUUUAAAAAAUAUAAAAAGAAGAAAAAGCACUUUUGUUCCUCUUUAA